AUGACAACAGCUAAAUACAGUGCGCUAUUUCCGCAUGUAGCACCACGUUGUAAAGAACUUAUUCAUAUACUCGUACAUGGCGCAGCUAAUUUACCUAAGAUCAAUAAUCGUUCACCUAGAUGCUAUGUUACAGCACAAUCUAAAGCAACUUUGGAGGAAGGAGAGAUUGGAGAAACAAUUAAUGCAACAAAUUUUAUUGAAGGUGUCUCACCACAAUGGAAUGAAAUGAUCUAUGUAGAUAUAGCAGAAGAUAGAAGUCUUACCGAGGACCUGAUUAUUUUUAUUAUUGAUGAACCAACGGGAAAGAAAAUAGUUGAACACCGUUUUCAAUGGCAAAAUUUCGAACCAUUCUAUCAGUAUCAUCUAAAUCUGCAACAACCGUUACAACAAACAUCACAAACGACUUGUUUAUAUAUUUCAAUGAUGAGAAAACUAAGUUCCUUAUCGAAAGAAAGUAUUCGAUAUUUUGGUUUGGAAGCUCUAUUGAAUGGAUUUGAUUCACCAAUUACAGAAAAUCUAUCAAUCUAUGCUGUUACUCGGAUUGUAUCUGAUUUUAAAGCUUAUAGACAAAAUUAUUUACUGAAUCAUAACACUGAACGUCAUGGUAUUGAGUUCAAACCAAUUGUUGGUGCUAGCAGACAAGAUUUAUUAUUACCUGAAUAUUCAUACGAUGGUUAUCCUCAAGUAUCAUUAGCAUCUAAAAGGUCUAAAAUUCCAAUAUGGAAACAUGAUUUUCUUUUUUGCCAUCAAAAUGAAAAAGACAAUAUGUUUACAAGCAAUGGUAGUGCAAUGGUAAUUGAAUUUUAUCCGUAUCAAAAUAUUGCCAAUAGUAAAAAUUGGCGUCUAUCGGGUUUACUUGGAUGGACAGCUAUUAUUUUAGAUGAACGCUUAAUGAACGCACUGACAUCAACACUAGGAAGCGAAGGCAUGAGAACCGAAGGUCUUCUGAUCCAUAGUGAUGGUGAUUUAGCAGCCGAAAGCUCAAAAUAUUUAACAGCAGAAAUGCUUUUCCGGAUCCUUACUGAAAGACAUCCAACAAGAAAUCUUCUUUUGCCAACUAAUAGUAAUAUGCCAGCAUUGCCAUCGUACUGUAAUCCAAACGGUCAAAAUGAUGUUACACCUGUUUACAUUCAAGCACCUGUAACAAAGAAAGGUUUUUUACCAUCCAUACAAAUAUCAUCAGCCUCAUCAUCAGCACUACAACCGCCGCCGCCGCCACGAUCAGCCGCACAUGUUACUCGAUCACCCAUACCAGCGCCUCAACCAACAUUUUUAACAGCCCCAUACUAUCAACCGCCACCUCACUAUGAAUAUCAACAGCCUGUUCAAGUUCAACAAACUGCAACAACAUCAGAUAACACACGCUAUCGUAUUCCACGUAUUAAUCCGUAUGAUUUGGAUGAUAUACCAACGGAAUAUCGCGCCAUGUUAGGAACAAAUUAUCCCCCACGUCGUGAUGACGAUAUCGAAGGUUGGUUUGAUUAUUUUGAACGUGAAGUUGGCAAAUACAAGCAAGCUAUUCGACGCGUUAUACAAGAUGUUAUGCAAUUACGUGAUCAACAUAAAACUUUAACGGCCGCCAACAUUGAUUUAAGAGCAAAAUUAGAAAAUUUUGAUAGAAAAAAGAAAGUUUUCAUUGAAAUUUUAGAAGGUGAUAAAAUCGAUAAAGCUAAAAUUCAAGAUAUAUAUAAUCGUUUAAGUGCUAAGAUAUCUGCGCAAUCACUUGAAUUAAAAGAAAAAUAUGCAAAAAUAAACAGUUACGAAAAAGAAUUAACUCGAAGAGGCGAAUUACGUGCUCAAUACGAUGCUCUAGUACGCACAAGUCAAGCACGUGAAGUAGAAAUGAAACUCAUUCAACAACGGCUGGGCAAAGCUGACGGUCUUGAGGAAACUGUUCGACGUCAAGAACUUGUUAUUGAGAAACUUGAAGCAAUGAUUAAUAAUUAUAUGAAACAAAAACGAUCAGGAGGAGUAUUUAAUGAUGUUGAUAGAAAAUUUCUAUCUGAACAUGCGGCACUUGGUUUAGAAAGUCAGCAACUUCAAAGACGAUUAUCUAAUGGACGUAACACAGCAUUGGUAAAUAAUCAUCGAGAAGAUCUUGUUCAACAAAAUUUAACUUACCAACAAGAAUUAGCUAAUCUCAAAGCUCGAUUUCAAGAGAAUACAUCUGCAUGGGGCCGAGAAAAAGCUGAACUACUUUCAAAACUUGAAGAUGUUGAGGCAACGUCGGCUACACCACGAACACGAAAAUCAAGACCUUAUUAA